AUGCCGUGUGCUCUUACCUCUCCGAAUCAGACAGCCAAGGACCGCGUGCUCAUUCCACUCCUCUCUGCUCACCUCAACGGACAUCUCGGCAACACCGUCUACGACUUCGCGUCCACCGUCUUCGGCACCGACGCCACGGAAGAGGUUCUCAAGCAAGAGAAGGAGGACACGGUCGCCUACGGGUAUGAGAAUGGCGGGUUCGGGCAGACUGUCGUCUGCACCAGUCUGAUGCGUGCUUGGCACUACCAUGGUGUGUUGAGCGAGGAGAAGAAUAGUGAGGAGUUGAGGGAGAUCGUGGUCAAGCAUUUUGGUGAGGAGAUGGUUGCUGAUAUCGCAGCUAAUGUUGUCUCUGGUAAUUAG